UGUAGCAAUUGUUUAGUUUAUUCAUAUUGUAAGGGUAAAUAAAAGCUUUGUUUAUAUGUUAACUUAAACAAAGCUUUGUUUAUAUGUUAACUUAAACAAAGGUUUGUUUAUAUGUUAGCCUAUCUGUUAAGUAAAAUUGUUUAUUAACCAAUUUUGUCUGUUAUUUCAUUUUGCAGUUUGUAUGAUGACAUUUUGGCUGUUAGGUUCCAUUUUGAUGCUUCAGAAAUGUUUGAGCCGAAGCUCUGCGGUUCAGAUGUAACAUACCUGAAUAUGAUUGCAGUGAUGGAAACCCAAUGAUUUAGUGAAUAUGAUCUGCUGUUUCACAUUGAGAAUCCAGAUUUAGGGGAGAAAGGAUUGGAGAUGGUAGAGAGUAAUGCUGAGUUGCAACUAGUAAAGAGGCAGGUUGAGGAGUGUAAGGUUCUAAAUUUGCUAGCGAGGGCAUGUCCACCUCCUUGCAGCCAGUUUGAGAGGUAAGAAUUAUCCAUUGUUGUGUAUGAAGAGCAUGUGUUAUAUGAUCUCAGUGAGCCACCCAUCUAUGUUGUUGAUGAAGAAGGAGUUGCCUUUGAAAGUCAGAGUAGUAGCUGCAGUGUAGCUCAUGGUACUGGUGUUUGCACACAAGAGAGCAAGAAUGUAAGAGGAAAACUGAAAGUUGUUUUGGAAAUAGAAGAAGAAGAGGGAUAUGAUGGCAGUGGUGGUUUGUGAAGGUGAAGAUGACAGUGAUGUAAACCCUUUUUAUAUGGGUGAUGCUGAUGACAUAGAGAUGGAUGAGGGAAAGAAAUAGAGAGAGUAUGAUGAAAUAGAAGAGGAAGAAACAGAUGAUGAAGAAUCUGAGGAGGAAGAAGUGGUGCAUUAUGAGGGUGACACAGAGGUUGAGGAACCUUUUCAAAUGGAUGAAGGUGAUAGUUGUUUCACAGGAUGAAGAAACUGUAAUUGCACAUGAAGAGAAGAAGAAGAAGAAGAAGAAGAAGAAGAAGAAGAAGAAGAAGAAGAAACAGAAGCUUCCAGUUAGGAAAGGGCCUACAACAAGGACACAUUCAAGUGUAGUUCAAGAGGAGGAACCUGAUUUCAAACCUUCAUCUGACGAAGAAGAGAAAGGAUUGUUGAAGGAGGCUGAUGAUGAUGGUUAUGAGCCAUUGUCAUUUAUGCUGCCAAAGAAAAGGAAGAGCAGGGCAAAGCAGAGGCCUCCUAGAAAAUGGUACAAUGAGAAAAUGGAAGCACCACAUGAGCAAUUAUGUCUAAAGAUGUGUUUCAAGGAUCAACAUCAAUUCAGAGAGGCUUUGUUGAACUUACACAUCACUCAAGGCAGAAACUUGAAAUAUCAUAGGAACUCAGAUCAAAGAAUAAUUGUACAAUGCAACCAAAAACAUUGCAACUUCUUUAUGGUGGCACCAGUUAUAAAAGGUGAAACUACUUUUGUAAUUAAGAAGAUGAGAAUUAAGCGCACUUGCCCUAUUAGUACAAAGACAACAAGGGUAAGUGCCAAGUGGCUUGCACAGAAGUAUGAGUCAUUGUUCAGAUCUGAUCUAACAACUGUCAUUCAGACUUUGAUUGAUGCCUGCAUGGAGAAGUAUGGUGUGGAUGUGCCCAAGUCAAUGGCAUAUAGGGCAAAGAACCUAGCUAUUGAUGUUGUGCUAGGAGACCACAAGAAGCAAUACCCUAGGUUGAAAGACUAUGCUCACACGGUGAUGGAUACAAACCCUGGGAGUAGAGUAGUAGUCACUACUGUAACUCCAACAUCCACUGAAAAAAAUCCCCCAUCCAGGUCCAAGAUUCCAUGCUAUGUUCUAUUGCAUCAAUGGAGCAAGGGAGGGGUUUCUCUCAAGGGGAGCAGACCAUUCAUUGGUGUUGAUGGGUGCUUCAUUAAGUUAACUACUGGUGCUCAAUUACUUGCUGCCACUGGUAGAGAUGGCAACAACAACAUAUACCCACUAGCAUUUGGUAUUGUUGGGCAAGAGGACACACCUAACUGGUGUUGGUCUCUACACCAACUUAAAAUCUGCCUAGGAGGAGAAGAGCGACAGUUUGGUCCAUAUACAAUAAUGUCAGCUAGACAAAAGGUAUGUGCUUUUAUCUUAUGUCCUUGUUUCUAUAUGGUUGUUUUGUGCUAG